AUGUACUAUAUGAAGUUGAAGAAUAAGCGUGGUUUAUUAACUUCAGAUCAAACAUUGGUUGAUAGUGACUUAACAAAGAGAACGGUGUUAAAAAAUGACAGACAUAAUGCAAUAUGGAGAGUGAAGUUUGCAAAGGCCAUGGUGCAUAUGGGUUCCAUACAAGUCUUAACAGGUUUUCAAGCAAAGCUUCACCGCCACCGCCACCGCCACCAUCAACCCAUUGCGCCGCCGUCAACAUUUCUCCAUCACAGAACAAAGGUUCUUUUGACAUGGAAAUUCUUGAGUUUUCAACUUUCAUUUCGUUUGAUUGUUUUGGACUCUGCUAAAGCUCGCACUAACAUAUUGGAUUUACACGACAUUGACGUAAUUGUUGAUUCUUUGAAUUUACAUUGA